CUGACGCACUGGGGGAGCUUUGUUUCCAUGGCACCUUCCGGUACUCGACUCCGCCCCCCGCCGGAGGGGCUCGGCUCCGGGAACCAAGAUGGAGUCGCUGAGUCGAGCAGGGCAGGAGAUGAGCUUAGCGGCCCUGAAACAGCACGAUCCCUACAUCACCAGCAUCGCAGACCUCACGGGCCAGGUCGCCCUCUACACCUUCUGCCCCAAGGCCAACCAGUGGGAGAAGACAGAUAUAGAAGGGACCUUGUUUGUAUAUCGAAGGUCAGCUUCACCUUACCAUGGUUUUACCAUUGUGAAUCGAUUGAAUAUGCACAAUCUGGUCGAACCAGUGAAUAAAGAUUUAGAAUUUCAGCUCCAUGAACCAUUUCUUCUGUACAGAAAUGCAAGCUUGUCAAUAUACAGUAUCUGGUUUUAUGACAAGAAUGACUGUCACCGCAUAGCCAAACUCAUGGCCGAGGUGGUAGAAGAGGAGACACGACGGUCCCAGCAAGUUGCUCGGGAUAAGCAGAGUCCCAGCCAGGCCAACGGCUGCAGUGACCACAGGCCCAUUGACAUCCUGGAGAUGCUAAGCAGAGCCAAGGAUGAGUAUGAGAGGAAUCAGAUGGGCGACUCAAAUAUCUCCAGCCCUGGGUUGCAGCCAAGUACUCAGCUCUCCAAUCUGGGAAGCACCGAGACUCUAGAAGAGAUGCCGUCCGGGUCACAAGAUAAGUCUGUUCCAUCUGGACACAAACAUCUGACAGUGGAAGAAUUAUUUGGAACCUCUUUGCCAAAGGAACAGCCAACCGUUGUGGGUCUGGAUUCAGAAGAAAUAGAGAAGCUGCCAGGAGAUGCCUCCCAGAAGGAGCCCAGCUCAUUCCUACCAUUUUCUUUUGAGCAGUCAGUAGGGGCCCCUCAGUCAGAAAACCUGGGUAUCCAUCCUGUUUCCCACCACUCAGUUCAACCUGAAGUCACUACCCCGGUGCUAAUCACUCCUGCCUCCAUCACACAGUCCAGUGAAAAGCAGGCCCCAAGCUAUGCGAUCCCGUUGCGCCCUGGGCUCAGUCCCACUCUGCCAGCAGAAGCUCCUACUGCACAGGUUCCCCCCAGCUUACCCCGAAACACCACCAUGAUGCAGGCAGUGAAGACCACACCUAGACAGAGGUCUCCACUCCUGAGUCAGCCAGUCCCUGAGCUUAGCCAUGCCAGUCUGACUGCCAGCCAGAGCCCCUUCAGGGGCCCACUGACAAACACCACUGGUACAUCCCUCCCAAGUGUUGAUCUUCUCCAGAAACUCAGGUUGACCCCACAGCAUGACCAAAUACAGACACAGUCACUUGGGAAAGGUGCAAUGGCACCCAACUUUUCUCCAGCAGCCGGACAGCUGGCCACGCCUGAGAGCUUCAUAGAGCCUCCCCCUAAGACAGCAGCAAGAGCCUCCACCGCCUUGAGCAACAUGGUGCUUGCUCCCCUUCAGUCUAUGCAGCAAAACCAGGAUCCUGAAGUCUUUUCCCAGCCUAAGGUGUUAUCUAGUGCCAUCACGGUUGCAGGCCCCCCACUGGCUACUGCAACAACCACGGCUGUGUCUUCAGUCCUGCUGUCCCCGAGUGUUUUCCAGCAGACAGUUACAAGGUCCACAGACCUUGAAAGGAAAGCAGGCUCCCCUUCUCCUCUAACUGUUGGAACCUCAGAAAAUCAGCGAAAGCCUUCCAUUAUUCUCAGCAAGUCUCAGCUCCAAGAUACAUUAAUACAUCUAAUAAAGAAUGAUUCCAGCUUCCUCAGUACGCUUCAUGAAGUCUACUUGCAGGUUCUGACCAAGAACAAAGACAACCACAACCUAUGACUGGAACAGAAAUCAGUCCGAACACAGAAUGUCAGCCUCAGAACAGAUAGGCCUCAUCAUGGAAAAUUCUAAACAGAACAUUCAGUUUUGAGAAUCCUGAAAUUGAGCCUAUGAGAAAGAGACUCGUUCCUUAAGAAUGUUUUCCAAGUGACGUUCUCAGUGAUAAUGGAGGUUUCACUGUGAAGCAUCACCAGCAGACCUUUGUUUUGACAAAACAAAAAAACAAAAAAAAAAACCAUUAUGUUAAGUUGUGUGGGUGUUUUCAUCAGCUGUAAGCAAGUAUGUGAAAUAAGGAAUCUUGAUUUUUAGCUGCUUUCACUUUCAAGGUCUUAAGGAGAAAGUGUCACCAGCCUUGCAGCAGUCAGAGUUCAGCCCAGCUUGUACCCUUUCCCCACCUCUCCCCUGUAAACUUGAGCAUUAGGCUGAUAGUCAAGUUCUGAACAGAAGUCAGCCCUGUGCAAAGUAGCUUCAAGUUUUAAGGGUUAGAGUUCAAGUUGGCACAUUAGGACUGAAUUAUUCAAGUGGAGUAUAUUUUAUAUGAAUGCCCCAUUUGGGCCUUUAAAGUUCUGAAAAUUUCUUAAUUGUGUUUUAAGUGUUCCCAGUGCUGCCGUGCAGCAGGCUCCCAGCACAGUGAUCAUUUGAAUAGGGCCCUGUCGGGCCCUAUGAUAGUGUGGGAGCAGGCCUGUCACACCUUUGAAGCAAAGGCUGGGACUAGCGAAGCUCCAAUUCUGUCAAAUCUUUAAGUUAAACUCUCCAGUGGUUUUGAAAUGUUACAUUUGUGUGUGAAGCAUAGCCUUAUUUUCCUUUUCUGUCUGAACACAGAAGUCAUUGUUGAUUGUUUUUCUUAACUCUUUGACAAAAGGACCAGUGGACCAAUCCAACAAAGCCAUUCUGGUUCCACUCCCGAGUCUACUGAGAAUAGUUUUAAAGCUAUGCAGAAAAGGGAGCCGUUAUUCACACUGCCCUUACUUUAUUGUAGAAUAUGGGGUUAAAAACAAAGUGAAAUUCAGAACUUUACCAAUGUAUUCCUCGGCUGUGAGUACUUUUGCAGCCCAAAGUAUGAAAAUAUGUAAAGAUGCUUUGUUAUGCUGCUAUUAACCUGCCAUGAUUUAUAUUUAUUCUUUUACGGCAUGUAAUGGUGAUUAGUAAUAUUUUAAUGUAGAUUCUGAUUUAUUUCAACAAUAGUAAUUUUAAGAUAUUCUUUGAAUGAAAGUGUCUUCGUUUCUAUGAUACAGGUCAUUUUGUAAUAUUUAACCAAUUAAGAUGCACUGCUUACUUUUCUGAGCACUAUUUAAUGAAUGGGUAAAAACCCAAAUGGCUCAACCAGCUAGCAUAAGGAUUAGCUGUGAAUAAUGCUGACAGAUGUGAUGGUUCUUCAGGAACAAUCAUUUAAGCUUUAAUGGUAACUCAAUCAUAAGUCCAUAGAUUUUUUUUUUUUUCUAGCUGAGAUUUUAGAAAAUUACUUGUGAAUUACAUACUUAUUUUACUUUGUUCUUAGCUUUUUAGCAUAAAGAAUGCUUGAUUGGCUUUUGUUGAUCUAAACAUGCUUCCUGGGCAACUUUUCUGCUUCUCAAUUUAGUGUCUUAUUGCUAUCUACCUAGUUAUUCGUGAAUUGUGCAGAAGUCAGGGAAGCUUAUAAGUUCUCAUAUUCAGUUAGGAAUAGUUUGUUUUCAAAGGUAGUGUGUAAAUUCAGCAACCAAAAAUGAAUUGCUCAUGCAUCACCAGGAAAGAGAAAGUUACAGUAAGACAUGGAAUAUUACUGACACCAGGAGAUGGUGUCCAGGUGCCUCGUGACGGUUCUCAGAAAACAGUCACACUGGUAGGUUUGGUAACACCCCAAGUAUGGUCUCAGUGGGCUUUGUUAAACAGAAGAAUCAAGGAAUUCUUGUUAUAAUAGACAUUUGAAUCGAAAUGAUGAUUUGAGUACGUGUAAUAUUAUGGGAGAGUUAGAAUAUCCUAAAGAGAGUUUGUAAUCAACUCUUAAUUUUCACCCUUUAAUCCAAAGGAAUGAAUAUGGGUUUCCUUAAUGUAAAAGUAAACUUUUAAGUGCCCAAGUUAUGGAGACUUGAAAAGGGUAAGCCUGUUUCAACUCCCAAUUUUAUAUAUUCAAAGCAUUUAUUUAAAAUUCAGAAGCCAGAAGUUCAUCAUCAUGAUUACCAGGAAGUUUAGGCCAGAAUGAGUCCCUAGAAAUGUCAGGCCAAGCCUAGAUAGUUACAGUGGAUGACCCUGGCCCAAAAGUCACAGUUCAGUUGCCUUAUUCCUCAUUCAGGCUCACUAUCCAGAACCUCAUGCUAGCUUAGGUUGCAUGUUUACAUUGCUGCAGUGUCUUUACUAGAACCUUAGUUUUAAACCGUAGUUGAAUCAAAAUGGACACCAAAACAGAGAUGCUUCUUGCUAGGUUUUGCAGAACAGGUGACCUACAUUUAGGCCACUCUGUCUACAAUCUGUGCACCCAGCCCCAACCCCAGAGGGUAGCACUGCUCUUCUUCUGUUGUGGUUAAUGUGAUGUCUUUGAAUGGACUCCUACACCCCGCAGACAGACUUGUUCCUUUAAGUCAGAAUCUUUCCUCACUGUGCAUCUCUCCUGAGAUUGGUAAAGUGAAUCCUAAGAUUCACUUUGAAUCCUAAGAUUUCGAAUGACUGUCGGUGUCAGGAGAGGCAUUUCAUGCUGUCUGCAUGUAAAUGUCCGCAGCUUACCUUCAAAGGUGUAUGGCGUACCUUUUGGGUCAUCAUCACAGAGAGCCCAAGUUGACCUGGGUCCUUCUCUGCCAGGAGAUGCACAGGCUUAGUUUAGGAUAUGUCUGACCCAAUUUUGCAUGUCAAGCAUUUGUUCUUUUUAAUGCCUUUUCUUUUUCUUUUUCUUCUUUUUUUUGGUAAAAAUGCUAAACCCCAUUAAAUCCUCUUCUAGGUAAAUAUUUUUAAACCAUGCAGCUUUAUUACUUUCUUCCCCAAAUAUAGUUUGAAAUUUUCUCAUUUCGGUGGUAGAGGCCAUAAUGCCAUUGUAUUACUAAUAAUGCAACAUGAAAUUGAAGGUGCCUAACCGCUUUAAAAAAAAAAAUUAGCCAUCAUACUGUAACUCUGGGCAAAAUGUAAAAAGAGAGGAAUGAGAGGUGGCACAAGUGGGCCCAGUCCCUGUGAAUGAAGACAAGGAAUCACAGGGACGUGUGUCCUGCAUUUGCUGCUAAGCACGUGUUUCUUACCUAUCUGGUUUUCUUUGGUUGUAUUCAGAGUACCUUCUGGAACCAAUAGUGCCCUGUGUUUUCAGGUGUCUAAAAUGUUAAGAUCUGCACCGAGGAAAGCAGCUUACUCUAGGUUUUUUAAAAACUGCUUAAGACCAUUUCCCUGAGUGGACUGGGCCCUCGAGGAGCCUGUAUUUUUAGCAAAUUCUGCAGGAAAGACGUGUGCAAUGUUUCACUUGGUUUUGUAUUUGAUUUGAUAUCUUCAUUUGAAAUGCUGAGAUGCAAUAUGGUUCACUUUGGGGAAAAUGCAAAAUUGUGUUUCUCUUUUAUCUGUGUGAUUCCUUAACGUGUUUUUGAAAUAUGUGUUCUAAACGGUUUUUUUAUUCUGUAUUACUGCUUUGGACAUGUGGCUCUCAUGACUUCAGUGUACCAGAUCCUCAGCUCCCUGAAGUGUGGGGACGAGGAGCUCUGGAACUACAGCAAGAUUUUUGUUCCAUGAGCGCAGUACUGCAUCAUCAACAUUUUUAAUGGUAUGAAUUUUAUACCAUCUGCGUAUGUUUGCAAAUAUUAAGUUAUUACAUGUUUUCAAAUGAGCAUUUUUCAUCCUAAAUUUUAUAUGUUUGCAAAUAUAUUUUUUUAAUAAAAGUUCAAAACCAAGUUUUAGCACCUA